UUCUACUCUCCAAACAACCCAUGUGACCCGCCGGAAAUUUCCGGAAAAAAAGAACGCAGUCGCAUCGUUAACCUCUUAGAAAGAAGUUUGAUUCCUCCUGAACAAGUAGUCUAACAAUUCCAGCUCAACAUCAUUUCAAACAAUGCUUAGGAUCAGUCUUCAUUCACUGAAAAUGAUGCUCGCAGUAACGAUUCUCUUAGCGACAUUGUGCGCGUGCGCUAAUGCAAUUGAUAGGGACAUUAAAUCAAAAGGACUUAUGAGUGAUUUGGUUCAAAAACCUAUUUUUUAUUCUGGUGAGAUGAGAAAUACUGAUCGAGAAAAUGGUGAUCCUUGUCAAUUCAGUUUCGAUUGCCAUAGCGGUUGUUGCCUUCAAGAAAGAAACGGCAAACGACGAUGCAGCAGAAAAACUAAGAAGGAUGAAAGAUGUUCGGUUAGCCAAGUAAAACUAGAUCUUUACAUGGAAUUCUGCCCUUGUGAAAAAGGAAACAAAUACUGUUCAGAAGACUUUGAAUCUAGGUGCACAGCGUAAGGAGAAAAAGUAGUCUUUCCAACCAUUCAUGAAAAGUCCAAACUUAAUUUAUGAAUAUAUUUUAGUUUUUAAUUUUUCACCUACCAUUUUAUCAUUCCUUUUAUACGCUUUUUACUGGUAUUUUUAUGUAUGUGUGUGUGUGUAGUUUUGUUCUCUAUUUGUACAGUAAAGUUUUUAUUAUCUUA